AUGGCUUUCCAGUUGGAGUGUAAUUCUCCUAACAACUCCUUGAAAUUGAGAAGCGGCUUCUAUAUAAAUCAAGUUGAAGACGAAUCACCUGAUGAUGAAUCCUAUGAAGUCUGGAUGGUCGAUUCAUUUGCUGAAAGGUCACUAAGCUUGGGGUUGGAGCUUAGUCUUGGAGUGAUACAUGGAACAAUUUUGUAUGGGAUGAUGAAAAGGGGUGAAGUUUUUAGGGAAAAGUUUGCUGGCAAUCAAAGCAUAACAAUUUCUGGUUGAGAUAAAGAGAUGGGAAUGUAAAAAUGUACAAAAAAAUUAUUCACCACCAGCUUCACCUCAGCUAGAUCUGAUCACGAUUGCAAUCUCUUACUCUUACAAAUACCCAACAUUUAGUUAUGGCUAAUUAUGUGAGAUCAUUUCGUUUUUCAGAACUCCAAAUGUAAAGAAGAAUGUGUGUACCAAUGUGGUUAAUUAGUUUUACUUUUAGUUUGUGAGUUUUUAGAUCUGAAAAUAUGUAUUGUGAGUUGUGAGUUUUUAAUUUUGUAUGUAUUAUGUGCAAGACUAAAUGGAUUGAUGCUCAAUUGUUGUAG